AUGGAUCGGGCAGCGAGAGUGCGGGAGCUCCUGGCGACUCAGCCAAAGCCAGAGACGAUCAUGUCCUACACCUACGACGCAAAGGACUUCCGCCUCCCCAGCUACCUUUUGGUUCCGGAAGUCCUCCUUCAAAUGCACAUGAGAGUCGGCGAGUCCGCUUAUGCGGUUAUCAAGUGCCUGCGCUUCUUCCAUAACCUUCGCGCCAAACGUUUCAUCGCCAUGUGUCCCGAGCAGCAGGGCCCGAUGUAUGACCAGCACGUUCAAUCCAUGAAGCGUCUUUUCGCAUGGAAAGAACAGCAUAACCCAGCAGACCCGACACUCGCCCCAGCCGCUAAGAUCCCCGGUGCUGUUCUCGGAUUCCACCUCGACCAGCUUGCCUACGACUCUUUCAACAACCUCUACAUUCACUCCCUCCGCCGUUUCUUCGAAAUUGAGUGGGCAACCUACAGCCAGCGCAUGUACGAUAUUAAGCAUGCUGCCUCCCGCCAGAUGGACCACUUCGACUACAUGGCCUGGCUGUACUGGUGGAACUCGGAGUUCAAGCCCAAUAUGGAGAAGUGGGAGGGCUACGUGAAUGAUUUGAAUCUGCCAAAUUGGGAGGACACCGUCGACGAACUCUACAACAUGAUUAUCGAACGUGUCGAGGACUCGGAUGAGGUGACUGCCAUGCAGCUUGCUCGCCAGCUCUGUUCUUGCAAGAUCAAGCGCACCGAGGGUCUCACCACUCUUCCACCUGAUCCUCAUCGUAUCCUCAAUCCUUGAU